AUGGAAUCACAGUGGACAACAUCUUCAACGUCGCUUACAGCAGCAGCAUCAGCAUCACGCGGUUUAAAUCAUGAAAAACCGACAUUAAGUGUUGUAGGAUUAUUGUUAAAAUCUGUCAGACACCUUUGUUUAUCAACAUCUAAACUAUGGACAUUUCUCUUGUUGAAUAUUCGAAAAUUGUUAUUUUUAUUUAUAAGAAUAUGGGCAUGUUUGUAUGUAUCAAUCAGAAUGUCAAAGAAAAAAUAUAAGAAGGGGAAGAAAUACACGGAUUUUACUGAAUUUUUUAAGUGUGCCGUAUCUGAGAAUUUUUUACCAAAAAAAAUUCUCGUCUUAGACUUAGAUGAAACGUUAAUUCAUUCACAUCAUGAUGGACUUAGUAGAGUAGUUACAGUAAAACCUACGGGUCUGCCUGAUUUUAUUAUACGAGUUGAAAUUGAGAGACAUCCAGUACGAUUUUUUGUCUAUAAAAGGCCACAUGUCGAUUAUUUCCUAGAAAUUGUGAGUAAAUGGUAUGAACUAGUCGUGUUUACAGCAUCGAUGGAAAUUUAUGGUGCUGCUGUCGCCGAUAAAUUAGAUAAUAAUAAGAAUAUACUGAAUAGAAGAUAUUAUAGACAGCAUUGUACACUAGAAUUCGGGGCAUAUUCAAAAGAUCUAGCAGCCAUUAAUGAUGAUUUAUCUCGGAUAUUUAUUUUGGAUAAUUCACCAAUUGCUUAUCGAUCAUAUCCAUCAAAUGCCAUACCAAUUAAAUCUUGGUUUUUUGAUCCAACUGAUACUUGUUUACUAAGUCUGUUACCAUUUCUAGAUGCAUUAAGAUUUUGUCGUGAUGUUCGAUCUGUUUUGGUUGUACUUUAUAUCGUCUGGACGAUAUAUAAAUAUCUUUUUCGUGCCACUUGGGUGAAUCCAAGUGGAAAAUAUGUACUGAUUUCUGGAUGUGAUAGUGGUUUUGGUUUUGGUUCAGCAGUAGAAUUAGAUCGACAAGGCUAUAGUAUUUUUGCUGGAGUCUAUACAAACGAAGGCAAAAAGCUUUUAAGCGAAAAAUUAUCAUCGAAAGCAACCGUUUUCAAAUUAGAUAUCACCAACCAACAAGAUAUUGAAAACUGUUUAGAAUUAGUUAAGCGUAAAACAAUCAAUUUACAUGCACUGAUAAAUAAUGCUGGUAUUGGAAAAGGCGGUUUGAUCGACUGGACGUCAAUGUCCACAUAUCGUGAAGUAAUGGAUGUAAAUUUUUUUAGUCAUGUAGCGAUGACAAAAACAUUUCUCCCAUUAUUAUGUCAACAAGCAGAUAGUCGUGUUAUUAAUUUAUGUUCAAUGUGUGGAUAUUUUUCAGCACCUGGUCUUUCAGCCUAUUCAGCAUGCGCUGAUUCGAAUAUUACAUUACCACUCUACUACAUAAAUCUUUAUUUCACUUUAAAUAAAAGUUAUAGAUGA